AAGCAGGAUUGAAACAAAAUCAACGUACUUAACUGGAAAAAGAGUUUUCGAAAACGUAUUUACUGUCGUAAGUCAUCUAGUUAUUAAUUAUCACUUUUUUAGGAAAGCUAUAACCAUGGCCUCCGCUUCUGCGCGAAGUCGAGCAUCGAGCAUGGCGAUGUCAACAACGUUGCUGAAACUGUUGUGUAGCGCAGUACUCUUCUUUUUCUACGCUGUGCCAUUGGCGUGCACGGCGAUCCAUCAGAACAAGAAAAACAUCCAAGAAAGCGCUAAUGCGUUUCUUUCCUUGGUAGUACAAGAACAAGAACAGGGGCUCCCCGAUUCCGUCAUGACGCUCUGGGAGAGUAUUUUUCGAAACCACGGCAAAAACUACUCUCUCGAUGAUCUCGUAAAAAAAACUAGCAGUCGGAGUCAAGAAUCCUUCAUAGCAAUACUGCAUGGGGCAGCGUUAUGCCCAUAGUCCGACUGCCCUGAGAUUAUGGUCGUUUGGCGGAAGGCUGAAGGAAGAGAGUCUUGAGAGUGGCGAGGUGAUCAAGAGAGGACCAAAUCAAUUUUGAUGCUGACGGGCACACCCUUUCAAAUGGCUCGGAGAUCCAGACCGUCACAGAGGAAACCACUGGCGCAUCGUGUAUGCCCAUGCCUCUCCUUUUCUGGUCUGGAUGCGGCGUCACUGUCAGGCGGCGGCUGACUUCGGCUGGGGUGCUCGCUGGUUGGUGUGAUGCGUGCUAGGCUUGAGUAGCGUGGUGGGGGUCUUGCGCUAUAGCCCGCGAGUUGCUGCGCCCAGUUCUUUGCCCCAAAUCGGGCAACCGCUAGCAAGGCGAUGGGGCCGAAGUGGCCUCAAAAAGAAAACUUAGCGGCUUGGAGUUUUCUCGUGGAAUCUAGCGGGGCUACAAGAGGGUAAACAACUAGCGCUAUCGCCCUGCGGGGUGUCUAGGUGACCGCGAGAAAAGGCCCAGCUGCAACCGAGCCACCGACGACAAGCUCGCCCACACCAUCUCACAGACGACCCUAGACCCACUCUCUGACAUACACAGGGACAGCCUGCACCAGGUUCCACCGCAGCAGAGAAGCUCUGGCGGUGGGAGCGCAUGACGAUCGAGGCCCACGGAGUGCCAUCGCCGAUAGCCUGCCGAGUGCAGACAUCGCGCGAAGGCGUCACGAAUUCAAGAAGAGGCACCGCCUGGCGGUGCGCUGGUUCUGUUUGCGCUACAAAUUCUAAAAAUUGCACGAUUGUCUGAAGAGAGGCCAUGUAGGUGGUUUGGAUGCACGCGGAGCGAGGGCCCCUUUUAGGGACGGAGGGGCUCCCACCCCCUGAAGCCCGAGCAAUGGCCCACGCGCUUGCCUCAAAUCAGCUCCAAAAUAAAGAGCGCGAGUAAAUGAGUGGCCAACACUUGCAGACGUGACGAGACUGCCCGGGAGUAGUCUGCCGAAAAUGUGUAAGGUAUUUAUGUGAAGCGAGAACUUGGCGCCAACAUCCUUGGCACCAGCCAGAUAGCGAAGCACUUUGCGCCCAGCGGCUUCCAUCGCCUUGCUGACCUUGUUGGCCGUUGCUCGUGCUAGCUUGUUGGCGGCUGCUGCAAGAUCAGGGCGCUCUGUCACGGUCAACCACUGUAGUGCGCCGACCAGUGCUCUGAGCGGGAAGGUGGAGGGCGUGGCGUUUUCGUCGUACGUCGGACCCUCCUCGAAGUCCGGGGUAGGCAGAGUCUUCCGGUCCUUCUGAUGCGUGUCAAAUUUCUUCAGCACUUUAGCAGCGUAGGUUCGCAUCUUGGUGCGCAAGGCUCCGCGCUGUUUGGAGUAGAUGCAGGCCGCGCCAAGUGUGUCGAACUUCACAGCAUCGGGCAGGUCUUCGCUUCUUCUGGUGCUUUUUCCAUGUUGAUCACCGUGACCGGGUGCAGCUUGUGCACCUGGGAAGUCAACUCAUCCGCCAGUUGCUCCGUUUUCGCAAUCGCCACGCGGUCGGCCACGUAGGUGGUUAAAAUUGCGAUCAGCUCGCCGCUAGCGUCGACUUUACGCCACAGGCCGGGUUCCGCUUCAGCUUCUGACCGCACCGGCCCAGGCUUCGAAGGUCUUUGGCAAUUUGAUCACCCCAAAGCUUGGGCGAAAUUGGCAGACCGUAUAAGGCUUCCAGGAGAAGACGCCGGCCACCAUCUCCCUCACCAUCCCGGAACUGCUCGGGAGUCGAGACUACAGCUCUGUGGUGCUGGAUGCUUGCGCGGAUGAAGGCGCUACCGAUGUCAAGGGCCUCCGUCGCCCACUUUCUUCUCGCCCCGGAAAUCAGCGCUACCCGGUUUCCAAGGUGCGGCGCGGCGCCUGCGUAGAGCGAAGCGUCCGAGCUGGCUUCUGCCUGCCAACGGUUGCCAAGAACCACUAGUCUUGCUUUGAAGCGUCCGCAGCGCUUUCGCGUUGAAAGCAGUGCGGUGGGUGUGCGUUUCAAUUUGCCGGCGUAGAAGUCAGAGUACUCAGAAGUCAGCAGCUUCCGCCAACAGCGGCAGGCCUCCAGUGUUGCUGCCUCUACUUGGGUCGCCUCUAUCCAGCGCGGACGGUGCGGGUUUUCGUGCCUGAGUGCUUUGCUUGGAGUUGUAGCGCCACCCGGUGGAGUGUUGGACUCGUCCUGAUCUUUCGUGAGAAAGCGAAAAGCUCUCGGGCGUUGUGAUGAGUUCCUCGCCGUCCUCUUCCUCGAGGUGGCUGCGCGUCGCCUCGUGGUAAAAACUAGACAGACUGCUGCCGCUGCUGCGCAAGGGUCUGCGCUUUCGUACGACGGACCCGUGGAUGCUUGUCUUUUGCACCUUUGGGCCGGCCUCUCUUCACCUCGCUGGCAGGGCGGAAAAGAGGCCCAUACUGGAUUGCCGGAGGGCCGUCCACUUGUUUGGAAGGUGGAAGUUCGGCGCCAGAGGCAUCGGCGUGCGUUUUUGACUCGCUGUCCUCGGUGGGAGCAGGAGCCUGAUGGGCGUCGACGGUUUCGAGCGUCGUGUUUGACGCGCGGCCUACCGGCAAAGACCCCUCCAGGUCUUGCUUCAGCGACUCCCCUGCGGCAGUUCCUGGAACUACCCCAGCGGAAGCUUCAGCAGAAGCAGGAACGACCGAAGCCUUCAGCCUCCCUAGGGUUUGUUCGUCUAGGGCCGCGCUGCUGUUACUGCGCAGCUGUUUCACGUUUGGCGCCAGUAUCUCUUCCAAGGGCAUGACGCUGCUGCACUGAUACACAGCGAACCUUUCUGAAGCUGGAGCGGGAAAGCAUAGGCAGCCUACUAGCCAGCAGGAGUUGUCGUCGCUCCAACCAAGAUGAACGCCUCUAAGUGCCCUCGGGGAGAGAGCUGAGGCUUUCUCGCUUUGUUUCGCUAACUCCGUCCCGCCGGGCCGAAAUAUAGCCAAACUAACAACCAAACGGGCGAAGGCUUUUUUUUUGUUCUCGACGUUCACCCUUUUCGUCGGGUUUUGGGCCUUGCUGUUUAGGCUCUCUAGCGGUGCGCGUACGAUGCUACUCCCUUUGUCUAGCCUUGGCAUGAGGUUCCGCGCGUGAGAUCUACGGCCCGGAGACCACACCAUAGCCCCAGAUGUGGGGAUCCACAUGCAGCAUCACAGACCUCAGUGCGUUCUUGAGACUCUGCGCUGCUCGUUCCGCGUGGCUGUUCGUCCGCGGCAUGUGCGGAAUGCUGAACGAGUGCGCGGCGUUGUAUCGCUCACAAACCGAAUCCAUGUCGGCUGACGUUGGCGUGGCUUCGUUGUCACUUCUGAGGCCCACUGAAAUCAGCUGCGCGGCUGCUUCCCCUGGCAGUAUCUUGGCGCCGACUUUUCUCUGAAUCUCCCCAGCGAAGCUUUCUAUUGCCUGAGGGGUGAACGAUUUUGCAGGGAGUGAGCGGGUGGCAAUAUGCUGGGAGGAGUUGCACACAAACAGCAUGGCGACCUUGUUGCCGCGGUAAGUGGUUGGCUUUACUGGACCGAAGAAAUCUGCUGAGAACAGCACGAGGGGCGGACUGUCUUGCAAUUCUGGGCAGCUUUUUGAACCAGCUCCCAUACCUCUGAACUUCGCUUGCGUGCAGUCGAGGCGCGUUGCUCUCUUGUCUUUGUCAUGGAUGUGCGCCAUCCUCCAGCGCUGCCGAAGUUUGUUUAUCACGGGGGGGCAGACUUUUGAUUAUCGUGAGGGCCUCGCCUCCUUCUUCCAGCGCGUGCUACUGCCUUUCUCGCAGCGGGGGGCACUGACUCAGAAACUUCAGCAAGACCGACGCCACUAAAUUCUUGGUCGCGCAUGGGAGAGCAGAAGAGCCCAGGACGAGGAUCGCCUUGCCGUAGCUCGAGGCUCGGCAUGCUAGGGAGCCUUUUUUCGGUUGCUCCUAAGCUGGCGAGCUUUCUUGUAAUCAAGUUCGUCGCCGUGUCUCCGUGCGGAGAAAGCGCAACCUCCCACGCGUCGUCUUUCAGCCUGUUGACGCUAGUCAAGGCUUGCGCCGGAAGUUUGGGGAACAAGGAUGCUGCUGCCCAGAAUGUUGCCCUUCAGGCGUCCCAUGCGUCCAGUAUCAGCACCAGCCACACCACGAACCUUGGCGAUUUUGUUGCUGUCGAUUGAUUUGAAAAGAGACCGGCCCCGAACGAUGUGCGCGCGCGCUCGCCUCGGAGUCAAUGACUUUGCUGCAGUUCUCCUUCGUUUUGUCGUUACUGUUGUCUGCUUGUCCCACGAGGACGGCGCGGCGGUUGUUACAAGAAGACGACGCCGGAGGACUAGGCGACUGCUGUGGACUAGGUGCUGUCAGUGGUGGGGCGCUCUUUAGUGGUGAAGAGCUACUGGCUGUUGAAUUUGAGCUACUUGGUUGGCCUUACGAGAUUUUCGCUGACUGAAGACGCAGGAGAACUUGACUGCGCAAAGUUCUCGGCUGUGUCACGUCAGCCGCUUGUAGUGUUGACGGUGCAGAAGAAGGCGACGGCGAUGCGAAUGCUGGGAAUGCGCUAUAUUCUGAUGAUAAACUUGCUUCCAACAACGAGACCAAGCAGCGGAAAACUACUACGGCUACUUUUUCUAUGCUGCUUAUAUAUGCAGCGCCUCUUUUCUCUUUUUGGCUAACUUUAGGGUGUUUUUCCAGCCGCUUAGUCAAUUGCGGCUGCCCCUCUUCUUCUGCUUGCCGUCGCCUUUGCGGGGUGGUGGCUUGGUUGUCUGGGUCUGCUUGAACUUGCGCUCCGGCGCGUUGUGGCUGCGAAAGGCGUAAGCUCUGCUUUCGUCGUGGCCAUAGAAUUUGGCGCACGUCGAGCAGUGCUCCUCGCUCCACGUCGUCGCCCCUGAACCUUGGCCCCCACUCUUUCCGUGGCCUUUGUCUUGGCUGUUUCUGCUUCCUCUGCUGCGAUCACCCUUACCACGGUAGGGCGCCGGGCGGUCACGUUGGCCACCGGAUUUCUCUGCGCGCGCCAGCAUUCGCUGCACUUGAGUGCGUUUCAGCUUGUCCGUUAGCGACUGAGGAUUUUUGUCGUCGCCAUGGGUUUCCACGUUGUUCGCCGUGGUCUCCUUCUGGUGGUCUUGUUUCGGUUUUUCCAGCUCAGCGGAGAAGACUUGCGCCUGCUGCUCGCCGGAAUGCUCGAGGAACAUGAUCCGAGAGCAUUUCUCCGCAAGUUCCUCUGCGCCAUAUCCUGGGGUGCUGGGUGGAUAGCCUUUGAAAUCGCGAACGAUUUGCGCUGCUGUUGGGUCCUUGGUGGAGAUGUUAUUGAUCAACACGUCCCGGAUCAUGCGCCCCCGGACUGAUCCCGCGGGAAGCUCGUUGCCGCAUUUCGCUGCCAUGGACUUUAGCAUAGCAAGCUGUCCAACGAACGCGAGCAGGUCGCCCUUGCGCCAGCGUGCGCUGUGCAGCUCCGUCGUCUCCUUCUCCACCUGAGCCUGCGCAAAAUACAUCGACAGGCGAAGGAGCUCGCUCACCACACCGGGAAGGCUGUCCACCACUUGAUUUGCCGUGAUCGAUGCUUCGAUCCUGUUACCGAGGUCUUUACCGAGAGAAGCCUUGACAGCUCGAUGAAGUAGAAGAACAGGCUGGCUGUCCCUCGCAGUCAUUUCCAGAGCUGCACCCAUCAAAAGUUGGCCCAAAAUUUCCUGAGUGACAGAACCCGACCGCUCACGGGUGCUGCGAUCCAAUUUCCUCCAGCGGGAUCAGCAGAAUGUCUUCCGGGUUUGCCAGUGCUCGCUGCGUCGUUCUGUGGAGCUUGGGGAGCUCCAGCCCCAGCAGCCGGCUGUUCCUGAAUUGGAGGAGCUGGCGCACCAGUCCCAGCACCAUUCUGCUGGACGUUCAGCGGGUGUCCCCAGAUCCGCGCCAGGGCUUCAGCUUUCGCCCCCGUUUGAUCCAAGGCCAGUAGGGUUGCCCAUCCCUGCGCAUUCGGUAUGGGGAUCCGCGUGGCGUUGUUCGCGGGCUGAUACGCCAUCCCGGUCCCUUGAAUCUUGCCAAGUAGUUCAGCGCGUUGACCUGCUGCUGCCGCCCCCAGCUGUAUCGCCAACAGCCGCAGCACGGGGGUCGUGAAGAAAGUCAUUGAUUGCAGCGCCCAUUUUGUUACUAGCGUUAGAUGCUGGGUGGAACUAGCACUAGGUGCAGUGGUGAGUGUCAGGCUAGUUCUUGAGAGAGUGCAACUCUUGAGAAGUUGCAAACUUUGAGGAUGCUGCAAGGAGCUAGGUAGCCUGAUAGAUGGGGUGUGACUCUAUCGACACUCUGGCCGCUAAGCUUUUCAAGCUAGUGCCCCUGCGGGGCCCUUGUCAGUGUAAACGGACCGCCUAGCACUGUGUGUCUGGUAGCGGAUUCAUGGUAAGGAUGGAGCGCCAUCCUCAAAGGUCUGAGGUCUUUGGCUGUCGUCGUUGCGUGCAAUUUCGUGCGGAGUUCAUGGGCUUGCAGGUCUUUCAGCUUCAAGGGCCCGAGCGCUGGCCUUUCAAGUUGGCUUGGAGGGAUGCGCGACACCAUUGAACCAGACCAGUUGGCUGCCAUUGAUUCAGUGGGAUCGCUUUGGUUGCUUCAGAUCGUGGCCACUCGAUCAAACUCUUAGGCUCUCACAGACUAAAGCGACAGCAUGGAGGAAGACCAAGGGGCCAGGGGAUCGUGGGAACAUGCUGACUCAGUCGGCUUGACAGGGAGGAGCACUGGUUGGGUUUGAGCAAAAUGCUACACACUCCAAGCCAGACCCCUCCUGUUUCUUUGUGGUGUUUAAGUCUAGCGGACUAACAAGGAGACCGCUGAGAGGAACCUGCAACCAGAAAAACGCAAAAGAAGUGAAAGGUGACGCAAAUAAAAGAAGGACGCCAAGAAGAGCGACGCGCUCAGGCCAUGACGGCAAAAACAGCGCAAGGUCUCAGCUGAAAGAAAUUCUGCAGCCCCUCCAACAAGGUGAAGGCGCUGCUUCUGUUGCUGGUCUUUGUCUCGAGAAAAACAGCGCCAGGAAAGCGACUAUAUCUAUCGAUAAAACGCAAGCAGCACCGUCCCCAGGAAAACAUAAAAAAGGAGGGCAAGAAGAUGAAGAAGAAAGCCACAGGCGUGACGCUGAUAGAAAAAGCCCGAAGAAGGGUCGGGCUGCUUCUUUUUCUGAGGGGGUUGCUGCUAAGAUUGCGGCAGACAGUCAGCGCGCGCCCCUCGCCCGCUAAUAAUAAGCUGAGGAAAGCGAGGAGACCGCAGCGGGGUUUUGUACUCUUAUCUGAGUUUCAGUUUGGGUAUGAUGAUGCAUGGGGCUACCAAGCCAGCUUUGCAACCCCCUAGGCGAGCAUGGGGAGGGUCUGGGCACAUACGUCCCGCCACAGACUUGGAAAAGGGAAGAGCGGGCCUCUUCCUUGUUAUUCUCGAGCGACUCGCUUGGCGAGGGUGUGGCGCGAUUAGGCGACCUAGUGAAGAUCUUACUUGCUGACGGCACCACUCUCCUGGAGCAGCUCGAGCCAGGCCACGCUGACAGAGUUGAGGUUGACAGAGAAGCCGCUAGCGUAAGGGCGGAGGGCAGCCCGCCCCCCUGACGCCAUUGGGGGGCUGUCUAGUAUGUAAGUUCUUUGGAAGGUGCUGGAAUGGGUGAAAACAGCGCCAAGAGAUAAACGGGCAAGGCGUGCGCCAUAGCCGAGCGCAGUCACGGCGUGAGUGCUGACCUUGACGUCGAUACAACCAGAACCACUAAGACUAAAGCGGCAAACUCUUGGGGAUCUUUUUGAUUUUGCCAUGCGCAAGCGGUUGGCUGGACUCUCCGGAGUAGAUAAGGUCGCUAGGGGACAGGUACUGGUGGCGACAGUGCGGAGCGCGCUCACCUUUGGACAACAAGCAAGAGCAACAGCCCCAGAAGAGGCGCGCAAGCUGGCACCCACCGAAGCGGUCGCGAUUGCGCUGGUUUCUGGAGGCCCAAGGUGGAAGCGCUACACUGUUUAGGUGACGAGGUCAGAGCUGCCGAAAGCGACAGGAGUCGCUCCGCUACGGCAAUUUCUUAACUUCAUUAAAGCAAGGCGCGGGGGCAUGUGAUGCGGACAGAGUCGCCAGGCUUAGAGAGGGCCGCCCUCCUCGGGCAGUUUCUGCCUGAACAGGCGCAGCACCGUCUUCCGCUGGACGAGAAACAUGCUGCCGCUCAGUUGCCGACGAGAGGCAUCUGAUGCCUGUCGAGUGUGUCGCGUAUUCCUUUUGGGAGCAGCUAGCUUGCCACUUGGUCAGGGGGUGUGGUUUAACUCCUUCGAUGGUUGAGCUGCUCCUUCGAUGAAGAUGAGGCCCAGGGCCAGAGCCUGCGGCCGGCUUUAGAGCAAGGAGCAAGCAGGGGGCGCUCCAGUCCAUUACAAAAUAGAGCACGGAAAGAGGUUGAACCUGAACAAGAGGGCCCGACUUACUCCAAUCGAGGGGGGUUCUAUUAUCUUGCCACAGGUGUGGCGUUUGUUUUUGAUACAGUAGCAGAGUGGGCAAGAGGCGCCAUGCCUCUAGCCCACUGGGAAGCUGAGAAAUUAUAGGGAGAGCUAGCUGCCAAAGGUAUCCACCCCAAGGGGGGGGGGACAGUCUCUGAUCCGCCAAGGGUCUCAGACUAAUGAAGCGGCUACUACUAACUUGGGCCACAAAAGGAGGAGCAACUUCCCCACUUUCUCCAAGGAUAAGCAUCAGCGUGGCGAUAGCGUGCACUUGUGACGCAUCAGCCGGCUUAGUCGCAUUAACUGGAGGAGAACAGACGACAGAAAGUCUCCCACGUGUAGGGGUUGAUGCUUACCGUUUUUCUUCAACUGGGGCAGCAGUGGUCAGCGCGUCCCUUGGUGAUGGCAUCAGUCGAGGACGCGCGAAAAUGUCAGCAGAUUUGCCGACUUGGCUCUAUCUGAUUGAGUUCCAGCGAAGGAGGGUGGGGCGCUUCGAUAGAUAUAAGGCCAGGCGGGCGGGCACCCGGCCACCGAUGGCGUUAGAAACUGGCUAAAAGAGUCGGCUUUCUGGGGUCGCGGGGCGCGCGCUUGCCCUUGGCCGUUGUGUGUGUGUCUGCUUCGUUUCUGGGGUUUUUCUGCCUUUCUCUUGUUGUUUUGUUGGUAUGUUUGCGAGUAACAAGGGAGGCGCUUCUGAUUGUGUUUUUUUUUCUGGUAUUCUACAGAGGGUCCGCGGGUCUUGAAAUCUGCGGCAGCGGAUCAAAAAAGACGACCGAAAAAGCCCGGGCUUUUUCGGUCGUUUUUUUCGAUCGGUUCCGGCUCUGUAUGCUUUGGCUGAGUGGCUCGGCCUGGGGGUGCAUGUCUUAGGGGUGUCGGCUGAAGGGGGUGCCUUUCUGAAGUUGUUCGGGGUGAUGAUAGGCCGCCGGUCUUCGGGUGUGAUACUUCUGACCUCUUGGGUGUUUUCGGGCGGUUUUCAGUGGGGUGGGCUUGUUUGUGUUUGUCUUCUGUUGCUUGGUCGUCUUGCCUCGCCCCUUGUGGAGGAGGGGCCGGGGGCAUUUGGGGGAGUGCCUCUGCCAUUGGGUGCCCACACUGAGCCACGGCCCCGGGGCUUGACGGUUGGCGCAACAGCUCGCGUGGAAGUGCGGGGCCUCGCACUCGAAGGGGUGGGGGGACUCGGUGGGGGUCGCGUCUGGGCUUGGGGGGUGGGGUCCCGGGUCCCGGUUGACGGUGAAAAAACGGCUAAAAUUUUCCCACCUUUUCCCGGGUUGGAAAAAAACGGCUAAAAAGAGGCUACAAAACGGCUAAAGUUUUUUGGUGUUUUUCUCGUGUGAUUUGUGACCCAUUGCGAAACUUGAUCCAGAUCCCCACUGAAAUCCGAAGUCUUCUGAUCAGUUCCGCAGCGUCAGCGGCCUACUUAGCUAACUACUUAAGUAAGCACAAGAAGGAAGAACGACCAAGACAGAACAAGGACAACACAACAAGAACAAGCACGACCCAAGACAGGACCGACGUAACAAGGGCUGCACGAUGUCCAUUCUCUUUCCUCAUACAGGUUUGGCGUAUGUUACUUCGGUGACAUCGCGUAAGACUUACUGAGAGGGUCUAAGAUAGACUCAAGCUUCGGCCGGCUCAGUAUAGUCUAUCACAUGACUUCGCCUAGAAGUCGGCCACUUUCGCUCUUGGGGUCGGUUUAGAGCAGUCCCGCCGAGUUUUGGAAGGACGUGCCGCCGACUUUUUUAACCGUUCCCAAGAUCGGCGCUUUUUUAGCCUUGGGCCCUAGCCGUUUUGUUAACCGUUAACUUUAGCCGUUUUUUAUUUUUAACCUUCAACUUUAGCCGGCUUUUUAACUGGUUCCCGCGGGGUCUUGGGGCGCCUACCUUCGAGCCGCGUAGCCGUGACGUACACUGGGCCGCACCUGACGCACCCGCCGCAUUCCGCUGGCAGGCCUCGAAGCGUGGCUUGGUGCUCUUGCAAGCUCCGCGGGGUUGGCUGGGGGGUGCGCGUGUGGACGUUGAGGCCCCGCGUUGAGCAGUGCCAACCCGGAGUGGGGCUAAAACGUCCACGCCAGUCAGGUUGCGUGGGUUGGGUCGCGUGAUUCUGGAGUGGGCGCCGGGGUCCAGGUUCGCUGGUCCCUCGAAGUGUGGCCGUAACGUCCGCGCCGGUGAGCCUCGCGGGCUGGUGUUGUGCCGGCUCUUUGUGUCGGGCCUUUCCCUCGGGUGUCUUGCUCGAAGUGUGUGGGGCCGCUUGCUGGAGGCCGGCCCAGGUGCAUACGCUAGACCCGCGGGCACCUGCUAUUGCAUUGUGGUGGCACGGGUUCGCUCGGUGAGGUCUUUCCUGGGUCUUUUGUGUUGGGUCGGUUGUUGGCCCCCGGCUGCCUGAUCAGCUGGCGCGGGUGUGUUGUGGUGUCUGUCGGUCGGGAUUUUCUCAAAAGCCGAAGACUGUAGCCAAAGUCUAACCGCAUUUGUUGGCUUUGGCCUUUGGGUGUGUCUGCCUGAAUAAGGGAGAUCGGCUAGUCGUCAGGUGGGUGGGAGCAGUAUAACGGUGGCGGCCUUUACCUAGAAGGCAGGCCGAGCGAGUUAGAGCAGUAAGGGCGUUAGUUUUUCCUGGUGAGCCCCUUAUCUCACUAGAUGACACCGACGGGGCGCCAAUGGUGCCGAUUGAAAUGGCCUCAGUCAUCUCACAAAGUGACACAAGGGCAAGGAGGGCGCCGCACUGAGCAGGGACAUGCCCGAAAUGUUUUCGGAAAGGCUAUCCCUUUCAAAGCUAUCCCUCCAGCCGAAUGCUGGGAGAUUGGUUUACCAGAGGGGAGGCAGAGCAGCUGCUGACGAAUUAACUCAACGCAUUAAGCUUAAAGAAUGUCACCCGGUUCGGUAGACUGUCUUGGGAUGGCCUCACUUGUGAAAGCACUACGACUCCUACGGGUGGCAAAAGAAGAAACGAAGGGGGAGCACGAUGCUAAAAAAGAGCAGCAGCACCGAUGCCCUCGCUCGUGUUUUUAUCGACUGAGGCCGGUGGGGCCAAAGAUGAAACACCGCAGGAAGCAUCUGGAGCGGUAUCACCGUAGAACGUGCGGCGUCAAUUGUAGCACCCCCGGGGGAUCGAUGAAACAGCGCGAAGCGAGUCAUCAUGAGGGUGGACCUACAAAGGGCCUUAGGCUGCUACCGGGGAGAAGGUGCCCGGGCGUUGAGUUAGGAGCGGCGCGCAAUCUACUUAGACCUGAACAGCACGCGCAGCAAAAGACAUCCGGAAGAGCCGGCCAUGGUGCAGGAGUGCGCCUGUGCAAAAUCUUCGCUCCUCAGCGUCUGCUCUACCUACGUUACCCGCCCAGGAGGAAGAAGCGCCUUAGGUGCCAUAAAUUCCGCUGCUGACGAGGCAGAAAUGACAACUCAGGCACUCUCUAGCAGGGUGGGCCGACUGUGAAAGCAUGUGAGGAGAUGCAGGAAGGGGGCUCAAAAGUCUUAGAGUAUUCAAAAACGCACGGCAAGAGGGUGGGAAAACUAUAGCCAACAGCUGGGCUUUUUAAUUUCUUUGCAUGCUCUUCAAAGUGUUAAGAGCAUGGGGCGUUAAGUUAUAUGUCACUCAGGCGUCAGAGGAUACCUCCAGAACAGGCAAAUGAGUGAGUGGAUGCGUUUAAGGCUGCUAGCCUGAAUAGUAUGGCUUAUCAGGCUCUUGCGUUUGGGCCAAAAGUUUCCCUAUUCGUACCAAUGGCGCCACCCCUUCGCGUUCCCUGGUCCAUCGCGUAUGUCAUGACUGCGAGCGGCCUCAUGCCGUGCCGCAGUGUGGUGCGCGCCCGCCGCGGUAGGCAGAUUUUUGCAAAAAUUGAAGAGCGCGCUCUCUGAGCGUUUUCGUUGUAGUAAAAAAACAUCACGGUCGCGAAAAAGCCCACGCGCCAGCGUGACCGGCCACCGGGUGCCCUCUCGUGGUUUUGGGCCGUCCUUUUUUCGGGGGCUUAGUAUAGUAGAACCAAGGGAAGCAGCGCGGCGGGAAGGAAGUUGGGCCACAUGAUUCAAGAGAACCGCCGCGGCCAGGCGUCUCAGUUUGGGGGGGGCACUGGUGGGCCUCGGAAUCUUUACACAGAUGGCGCCGGAGUUUUGGCUGUGUUGGUUCAGUCGCUGGCGCUGUGUCGCCGCGUGUUUGAGAGAGUGACGAGCGAAACAGCCUACCGCCAAGCGAUCCCCAAGCCGCUCAGGGGAGGGCGCGGCGCUUUUACAUCCCGCCGCAAGAGACGGCACGAGCGGAUCUGCUGCACUUCGGUGGCCUCUCUUUUGGACUGCUGGGACUGCUGGUAUUUGGGGCGGCGGCCGCGUGGAAUACGCUGCCACAAGUGUGAGGGCAGUCUUGAACGGAGAUGUUUAUGCCGACUUUGUUAGUAAAUUUGUCCCAAGACGUGAUGAACAAGAAAAAGCGCGUAAGAAGGGGCCGAAGACGGGAUCAGAGGUGCCUGUGUUCGUUUGGACUUGCAAGAAGAUGGAGCACCCUCCUGGACGCAGUGUUGUGUGGUCCUUGGUCAAUUUCUACGUCGUGUUUACGUUCUACCGACCGGAGAAUGCGGCCUUCCGACAUGUUGUGGCCUUAUCCGUGGACCGCGGGUUUCGGCGAAAGAAAGUCGCGGUCGAGGGCUGGUUGGAGGGCAAAGGCGGCUGGGUGUCACGGCAUCUCGAAAGCUCGAAGGCGUACACAACGGAUGCGUUUCUGUCGAACGAUGAUGAAGUAGGUGGCUUGUGGAUGACGUUGAGAAACGUCUAUACAUAA